AUGGUCAACGUACAAAAUCUUCUCGGCCCGAAGCCGGAUCUUAAUCGUCUCAGUCAAUCCUAUCAGAAUGUUGCUGAGGAAGUCGGAAAAUUUUCCAAUCUACCUCCAUUCGAUGCUGAUAAUGCGAUUCUAAAUGCUCUACGACAGCUAGGUGACAAGUUCGAUACACUCGACCGCGAGACUGGCAAGAGGUUCGAUCGUCUUGACAAGAAGGUUGGCAAUCUUGACAAGAGAGUUGACGAUAUUGACAAGAGAGUUGGCGAUAUUGACAAGAAAGUUGGCGAUAUUGACAAGAAGGUUGACGAUAUUCGGUCUUCUGUCAAAGCAACUGAUCACAAUGGUGCCUCUCGAGCUCAGAACGCCUUCCUGACGAAGUGCUCUGAUCCUCUUUCAGAAUUCGUCAACCCUUCAACUAAUGAAGCUAUCCAAGGAUUUCCUGCUACGUCAGAAGAGAUUCCCAAAAUGUCUGCAGCUGUACUGAAUUCUGUCUUAAGAGACCUGGGCUUGGCUCUUACUGGAGAUCGGUCACAGAAAGAGAUACGAUUGAGGCAGUACAUAGGCCUUACACCAGAGCCAGCAUGA